AUGGCGCCCAAUGAUGAUGUCAAGCGCGCGACAAGUGUGUUAACAAUCGCACAGAUCAAAUUCAAGCAAGCAAUGAAAAAGACAGAUACCGGAGAUCGUCUUCCAAUCCCAGUCGAAGUUAGCUCGCAGCUCUUCAGCAGCAUAGAUGCUGUUCUUAAGCAGAACACGCGUGUGAACAUCCAGAAAUGCACAGAGUGGAUCGUGAAGCACGUAGCUCCCUCCAAGGCUCGGAUCGCCAUCCUCGGUGACUAUCUCAUCGCUGUCUCCAAGUCCAUUGUUGUAGACCAGAGUGCUCCAGGACCAGCAAAGAAAGCGGCCCGCAACCGGAUGGAUUUGUUGCUGAUUGUCAACGAUGUCCUGCAUACUGACAAGUUCCAUCGUCGCAACACGAUAAAGCAGGGUAUCUUCAGCGACGAAUGCGAGAGCUUUGUUGUUGAUUUGAUCGAACAAGCAGCCGCAUAUAUCACUGAGAGGGCAUCACAGCUAGAGUUGAAACUUAGAGCCAUUAUCAACUACUGGUCUGUCAAUAGGCUCCUCAGUACAGAGAGUCUCAAAACCUGUCGGGAAAAGGCAGAUGAAGCCUUGCUCAUUGCCCAAGGUGGCAUGCCUGUCCGCAAGCGCAAUUACCUCCUGCCAGAGUUCCACGGCGACCGAUAUGCCCCAUGGCACGAUCUCCCCGCAUCAUACAUGCUCGAGCAGAUGAUCAAGUACCCGAAACGCCCAAUCAACCCCUCCAAAAUCCGGGUCAAGAGGCUAGACAAGAAGCCUGUCAGCCCUCACAUUCGCAAUCUGCUCGACAACUUCUUCGAAAAGAUCGAUCUCAAGUACCUGCCAACGGGCGAUAAUCCGACGAGCGAGACGACCAAGUACAAGCUAUCGUUGGACCCCAUGGGUCAGUUGGUCAAGCAGAACAAGGAGACUGGCGAGACAGUGACAGUGGCAAACGGAUAUGGUUGGUCGCCGAAGUUUUGUCAAGAUAUGCAGAAGUUCGGCGUUCCGGAAAACAUCAAGAUUGCGCGAGAAGAUGCUGAGCGUAUGGAGGACAUGGACGAUCUGCCAGUCACGUCGGUGGCGCGUCGUGAUGACCGACAUAGUAGGCCUACUACUUCUUCGUCAGAUUCGGAUUACAGGCGGGAGCGAAUGGGAUACAAUCGUAGUCGAAGUCGUAGUUACUCUCGUCGUUCCUCCGGGUCGUACGACGAUGAUCGCUCGCCUCCACGUCGAAGAUUCCGCGAAGAAAAUCAAGGGCGCCGCAGGGUCUCGCCUUCGCCAUCUUCUAAGCCCACACGUCAAGAGCUUGAGCAGAGAGGACUCGUUGAGUCAGGACGGCAUUCAAGGGCAUACGACAAAGAUGGGUCUCAACUUGCAUCGCAGUAUAAUGGUCCGAACAGGAAUAGCCAGGGCAGCCCGGGUAAUCAUCAGCACCAUGCUCCGCCCAUGCCGACCCAGAACUACGGUCAACCAUAUUCUCAGCCUCCGCAAGCGCCUUUCAACGCGCCGCCGUUUCCGCCGCAGCAUAUGCCCCCGUUCGAUGUCCCACCGCCUCCCCCGCCGCAAUUCCAGGGACCUGGAGGCUUUGUUCCUCCUCCCCCGCCCCCCAACUUCAACGGUGCAUGGGUACCUCCCCCUCCGCCUCCCAAUUUCAACGGCGGAUGGCCUCAUCCUCUUCCUCCAAACAUGAAUAUGCCGCCCUAUGGUCCACAACAGAGUAGCCCGCAUGGAGACCAAUACGGCAACCAAGGUGGUAAUCAAUACGGCAACCAAGGCGGCAACCAGUACGGCAACAAUGGUCAGUAUGGUCAGAAUCGAGGUGGCUACCAAGGGGGACGUGGCCAUGGUGGACAGCGUGGCGGCAACAGAGGCGGUUGGAGGGGAACUGGGCGUGGCGGGCGAUACUAA